AUCUCCUGUGCUUGGUAUUCUGCAAAUCAGAAAGCCAACAGAUUCUGGCCUACCAUCCCGAUCUCUUUCUUAUUAAAAUAUAUGGGUUCUUUCUUGGUGGCUUUGCAUGGAACUCAACAUUUUAUACCUUGGGGGAUAAUUAGCAGUUUUGAGUAACUAAAUUGAAAUCAUUUUUGCUGUGUGUCUGAAGUUACUUUCUUGUUAAAUUCAAUGAGAGAUUCCGCUGAGGAGACAGUUCGUAGCCCUCCGUCUCCCAUGCAGCGAAGACUGAGUUAGGCAGUGUUCACUGGAGUAACUGGAAGUCCCUGGAGGCACAGAGGCAUUUGCUGACUAAUUCUUAUUCUCUCCUUGGUUGAGUACACUAACACUUCUUCACGGUGAAGAAAGGCUUACGUCUGAGGAAAAACUGCCUCUUGUCAGAGGUGUUUUCAUUCAUUCUUUCAUUUUCUUCCAUUAAGAGAAAUUCACUGAAAAAAAAAAAAAUUUGUUUCCCAUUUCUGUUAUCUAAAACAAUGAGUGUUGUUGAGAUGACCUUGCCAUGGGCCCUAAACUAUACUUCUAAACCAAAAAAGGGCUUUGAACACAGAGCUCUUAGAAAUCCUGUGUGAAUACAGACUUUCACUGAAAAGCUGUUUCAUGACAGAAAGACUUCGCUUUGCCCCAGGCCAUUGUGACUGUGCAGUGAAUGCUGGUAGUAGUGUUUUUCUCUUUGUUGGCUGUUAAUCCAGUGAAGACAAUAGUGACUGUAGUGGUACUUGGGCAGUUUCAGCACUAAACAAGCUAACUUCCAUUUCUCUCAUAGAGAUCAUUUUUGGCAUUUAAAACACAUGCCUUUAGAAAACAGGUUUGGGUGUAUGUAAACACAGGGUUAAUCCUCCACACCCUCGACUCCAGAGCUGUUGACAAUGUCAUGCUUUGCAGAUUUUAAAAUAAACUUUUGGUCACUGUUUGCAGCUUGGUAUUUUCCCUUCCUAUUUUUUACUCCCUCCUAAAUAAACCUCUUUGUUAAAUAACUGAUGUUUCUGGAUCAUGGAAAAUAGUAAGUUUAAAACACACAGAAUAUAUCCAAGUUAACUACUAAUCUGAUGACAGUUUUUUGAACGUGGACUUCUACUUUUAUUUCUUAGGUAAGAAGGGCCAGAAAGGGGCCUGUCACAAAAAUAGCAGGAUUCCAUGUUGGUAUCGCAAUGGCAGUAAUAUUGCUGACUUCUUACUGGAAAACAGGCAGCUCUGGGCAGCCUCUUUUCUGUAUGGUAUUUAAGUUAACUUACUACGAAAACCACAUGCACACCCUUCUUCAAUUUUCCUUCCUUUUUAUGGGGGGAUGGUGGUGGUGAUUUUUUCUCCUAUCUGGCAUAUGGGCGGGAAUGUUUUCUCCAGCUGGGUUCCUUUUCUCCAGUACUUCCCUGUCUGACAAUCAUAUUAUGCGUAAGACUGCCUCAUACAUGCAUCUUUUAAAUGAAAAAUGUUGUACUAGCAGGAGACAGACCGCUCGCUGGCGGUGCUGUAAGUCGUGCCCCUUCCACUUAGCUAUUUUGUUCCUUGCAGAUCAUGUUCUAAUUAUUUAGCAUUAAAGGGACGCUAAUUCUGUGGGGCGUGUAAUCGUAUUUAUAGUACGUUUUAUUGGUUUGCAUUCCAUCGUGGUAGGGUGGUGAUAUCAUAAAUAACAGAGAAACAUAACAUCCGAUGCUUGUGAAAGGGUUUUCCUGCAGACCAGGCGUUUUUACUUGUGAUUAUUCGGUUCGGUGGGGAGGCGGGGAGACGCUGUGGUGCCGUGUGUUCCAGGCCCGGCCUCUCGUAUUGGUUAGAGAGUCCGGGUGCCCCGCUUUGUUCGGAAGGCACUGUCCUGUGAAUGUGAUGCGGUGUAGAUUUAUAGCAGCGUGGCUCGGAGUGUGUUUGCUGCCUUAGUCAGCUGUGAGAGCUCCCUGCUGGGGCCACUCCUGUCUGAUGGAAAAGCAGCAGCUGGGAAGGUGCUGUUUCAGGCUCUUGCUGUUUAAAAAAAAAAAAUGAGAGCGAGAGGGGGGAAAACUCCACUAAGUCCACAAGCUGGCAUUGGAGGGGGAGACCGCGGUCAUGUGGUUCUGGCCAUCCUACCCUCUGUCACAGUGUGGAUGAGAGCUUUUUGCUCUUAUCCAAUCAUGCCUGGAAUGCCGCUUGCCACUUGGGUUAUUUCUGCUAUCUGUCGCUCUUGGUGCCGCAGUGCUAACGGUUUGGCAGAUGGGACACUUUUUCUUGGAGUUUGUGUCUUUAGUUUUUGACUUCUGGCAGCGCCGGGCUUGUUGUUGCCGCUCGCCUUGUCCCUCCCUGCCCCCCUGGGCACCAUGGCCCAUCGGCUUCGGUUUCAUUUUGGCUCUGGGCGCAGCAACACAGCCCCCGAAUCAGAGAUCCUAGACCAGGAGAGAGAAGACGACUUUUUCAUGGCAUUCCACACCCUCCCGCGGAGGAGCGGCCCUCACCCCUUCGCCCAGAACGGAGCGGAGGACGGCGGCGGCGGCCUGCAGGAGGGCGUGGGAGCGCUCAAACGAAGCACGUCCAUGUUCAUCCCGCAGCUCCUGAGCCCCGUCGACGCGCGUCCCACCCGCAGCUCGUCGGUGCAGAUCUCGCUGCAGCGCAAGGCGGCCGACGGGGCCCCCGACGGGUGCGUGCCACCCGAGGGCCCGGACGGCGACGCGGGGCCCCCGGAGCCCAAGGCCCCCGAGAGCUCGCCUCCGAUGGCAGCCAGGGUGGCGGGCCCCCAGGUCAACGGCACGUGCGGCCGCCGAGCGCUGGGCCCCGUGGCUGCCGAGGGCAGCGAGGAGGCCGAGCCGCAGGGCCGCCGGGGGCCCGAGGGCGCCGGGCUCCGCAUCCAGCACCGCGCCUCCAGCGCCGACGUGCGCCAGGUGAGGCUGACGCCCUUCGGGGCCGACGGCCAGAGCGGCCCUGCGGCGCCCGAGCCCCGGCGCUGGUCCCUGCAGCACGUUCCAGAUGCUUCUGGAAGUUCCGGGAAGCGGUGCUUUGUCUUCCAGUUGCAGCAGCCGCAACCAGGCGCGCCGGGGCUGGGCGGCGACUUCAACUUCGGUUUCACCGGCACGAAGGGGGACAGGUUGGUGAGGUAUCCCCGUAUCCGGCUGGAAAGGAGCACCUCGUACCCCACGCAGCCCCGAGCGGAGCGCGGGAGCCCCACGGAAGAGCGGGGACACCCGGAGACGCCGCCUCGGGGCCGCAGGGUGGCUCCCGAAAUCCACAGGGCGAAUUCCGUGGAAAGGACGCCACAGGGUCAGGGCUGCACGUUUAAGAUCAGGCAAGAUCAAAACGCGGGGCAACAGCAUUUUAGAAUUCUUGUGACUCGGGGGCCAGAAGAAGCUCUCCAGGAUCCCGAGGAGAAUAAUGCCACCAGCCCUGGUUCCGCGGUGGCCGGAGCCCCGACGCGAGACGACUUCCUGGGCCAGGUGGACGUGCCCCUUAGCCAUCUCCCGACAGAAGAUCCGACCAUGGAGCGGCCCUAUACAUUUAAGGAUUUUCUCCUCAGACCAAGAAGUCAUAAAUCUCGAGUUAAGGGAUUUUUGCGAUUGAAAAUGGCCUACAUGCCGAAAAAUGGAGGUCAGGAUGAAGAAAACAGUGAGCAGAGGGAUGACAUGGAGCAUGGGUGGGAAGUUGUUGACUCCAAUGACUCAGCAUCUCAGCACCAGGAGGAGCUUCCUCCCCCUCCUCUGCCCCCCGGGUGGGAAGAAAAAGUGGACAAUUUAGGCCGAACUUACUACGUCAACCACAACAACCGGACCACUCAGUGGCACCGACCGAGCUUAAUGGAUGUGUCCUCCGAGUCGGACAGUAACAUCAGGCAGAUCAACCAGGAGGCAGCCCACCGGCGCUUCCGCUCGCGUAGACACAUCAGCGAGGACCUGGAGCCAGAGCCCACCGAGGGUGGGGACGGCCCUGAGCCUUGGGAGACCAUUUCAGAAGAAGUGAAUAUCACUGGAGACUCCCUCAGUCUGUCACUGCCCCCACCGCCAGCCUCCCCAGUGUCUCGGACCAGCCCUCAGGAGCUGUCUGAGGAACUGAGCAGAAGGCUUCAGAUCACUCCAGAUUCCAACGGGGAGCAGUUCGGCUCUUUGAUUCAAAGAGAGCCCUCCUCGAGGUUGAGGUCGUGCAGUGUCACUGACGCGGUUGCGGAGCAGGCUCAUCUCCCCCCGCCCAGUGCCCCAGCUAGGAGAGCACGUUCAUCAACUGUCUCGGGUGGUGAGGAGCCAACGCCGUCAGUGGCCUAUGUACAUACCACGCCGGGCCUACCUUCAGGCUGGGAAGAAAGAAAAGAUGCUAAGGGACGUACAUACUAUGUCAAUCAUAACAAUCGAACCACAACUUGGACUCGACCUAUCAUGCAGCUUGCAGAAGAUGGUGCAUCUGGAUCCGCCACAAACAGUAACAACCAUCUAAUCGAGCCUCAGAUCCGCCGGCCUCGUAGCCUCAGUUCGCCAACUGUAACUUUAUCUGCCCCUCUGGAGGGUGCCAAGGACUCACCCAUCCGUCGGGCUGUGAAAGACACCCUUUCCAAUCCACAGUCCCCACAGCCAUCACCUUACAACUCCCCCAAACCACAACACAAAGUCACUCAGAGCUUCCUGCCACCCGGCUGGGAAAUGAGGAUAGCGCCAAACGGCCGGCCCUUCUUCAUUGACCAUAAUACAAAGACUACAACAUGGGAAGAUCCACGCCUGAAAUUUCCAGUACACAUGCGAUCAAAGGCAUCUUUAAACCCCAAUGACCUUGGCCCUCUUCCUCCUGGUUGGGAAGAAAGAAUUCACUUGGAUGGCCGAACGUUUUACAUUGAUCAUAGCAGCCAGGUGUUAUGUGGAGAGAAUGAUACCAGAGAGUCAGUGCCCUCAUACGAUAGCAAAAUCACUCAGUGGGAAGAUCCAAGACUGCAGAACCCAGCUAUUACUGGUCCGGCUGUUCCUUACUCCAGAGAAUUUAAGCAGAAAUAUGACUACUUUAGGAAGAAAUUAAAGAAACCUGCUGAUAUUCCAAAUAGGUUUGAAAUGAAACUUCACAGAAAUAACAUUUUUGAAGAGUCCUAUCGGAGAAUCAUGUCUGUGAAAAGACCAGAUGUCCUAAAAGCUAGACUGUGGAUUGAAUUUGAAUCAGAGAAAGGUCUUGACUAUGGAGGUGUGGCCAGAGAAUGGUUCUUCUUACUGUCCAAAGAGAUGUUCAACCCCUACUAUGGUCUGUUCGAGUACUCUGCAACGGACAACUACACACUUCAGAUCAAUCCCAAUUCAGGCCUCUGUAAUGAAGAUCAUUUGUCCUAUUUCACUUUUAUUGGAAGAGUUGCUGGUCUGGCAGUAUUUCAUGGGAAACUUUUAGAUGGUUUCUUCAUUAGACCAUUUUACAAAAUGAUGCUGGGAAAGCAGAUAACUCUGAAUGACAUGGAGUCAGUGGAUAGUGAAUAUUACAACUCUUUGAAAUGGAUCUUAGAAAAUGAUCCUACUGAACUGGACCUCAUGUUCUGUAUCGAUGAAGAAAACUUCGGACAGACAUAUCAAGUGGACCUGAAGCCCAAUGGGUCAGAAAUAAUGGUAACAAAUGAAAACAAAAGGGAGUAUAUCGACUUAGUCAUCCAGUGGAGGUUUGUGAACAGGGUCCAGAAGCAAAUGAACGCCUUCUUGGAGGGAUUCACAGAACUGCUUCCUAUUGAUUUGAUUAAAAUUUUUGAUGAAAAUGAGCUAGAGUUGCUGAUGUGCGGCCUUGGUGAUGUGGACGUCAAUGACUGGAGACAGCAUUCUAUUUACAAGAACGGCUACUGCCCAAACCACCCUGUGAUUCAAUGGUUCUGGAAGGCUGUGCUGCUGAUGGACGCUGAGAAGCGCAUCCGGUUACUGCAGUUUGUCACUGGGACGUCGCGAGUACCGAUGAAUGGAUUUGCCGAACUUUAUGGUUCCAAUGGUCCUCAGCUGUUUACAAUAGAGCAAUGGGGGAGUCCUGAGAAACUGCCCAGAGCUCACACGUGCUUUAAUCGCCUUGACUUACCUCCAUAUGAAACCUUUGAAGAUUUACGAGAGAAGCUUCUCAUGGCCGUGGAGAAUGCUCAAGGAUUCGAGGGGGUGGAUUAAGCGCCCCCGGCCUCCGGUGGUUGUUCAUCGAGCAAGUCCCGCUUGCACCUUUGCAUUUGCCUGACAGACUUUGCAGAGACAGUGGCAGAAGAGCGGUUGCACGGGCGGCUCCUGGAGCAGAGCCUCCAUCCGUGACUUGCCCAGGUUCACACGUGGAACCCAGUCCUGGGUCGCGUGCCUGCGUUUUCCACCGCAAAUUAUCAACUGGUUGAUGUGUACACUAAUUACAUUUCAGGAGGACUUCUUCUAUUUAUGUUGUGCCUCUGUAGGCAAAGCCCUUAAUAAAUAUUUUACAUACUUUAUAAUGACAAUGAAUGGAAUUAAUCACUCUACAGGUAUAGUAUUACAACUCAUGUUUACUUUUUAAAAUGAUUUAGACCGAUUUUCAGAUUUUAUUUCAUUACGAUUAAAGAUGUCUCAUGUACUUGGAAAAGUGAGCAUAUUUUUUUUGUAUUUGAAUUUCAUACCAGGUUUAAUGUCAGUGACGUUUUUAUUUUUGAAGUACUUUGACACCCUGCCCUCAACUUUAUUAGAAUUGGAAGACCGAUUUUUGUCCAAAAACCUUCUACAGACAAGUACUUUGAGAGUAUUUAAAACAUAACAUUAGGCAUAAUGAUCAUUUUUUUCCAUACUCAGAGUGAAAACAAACUGGAUGUUACAUUUUUUUGUACAAAUUUAGCAUAAUAGCUGCAGGCUGAGAGAAUUGUAACAUAGCAUGACAAAUUUUGUGUUGACUUGGAGGAAUCCCGCCAUUAUUCCUUAGCCGUGAUUACGUGUGCUAGAACACAUUUGAGACAGGGUUGACUGUCAUUUCUCGUAAGAGAAAUACUUAGCCCUUCCUGAUGCUGUACAGUCCUUCUUUUCUUCUAUUUUCCUCUUCGCUGUUCGUAGUAGAGACGUUUGAAUGAAACUUGGCACGGCUUGAUUUGAAACUGUGGAAACCAGAUCUGUUUAGUCUCUUCUUCGUACGCGUUUGCUAAUGGUAGCUAAAUAACCAAUUUUUGUUCUAACUGCACCAAUUCUGAAGGCACUUUAUGUACUACAUGGAGGUCAUAUCUGGUUUUGUUUAUGUUUUGUUUUUUUAUCAUAGACAUUAAAUGUGAUGAUGAUUUCUUCUUCCUGCACACAUCUUUCCGGUGCAAUAUCUAUCAAUUGUGAAUCUGGCUGCUGGUGUAUAAAAUCUGGAUGUAAAGCUGAGCCUACAGACCUGUCCUCACCAAUUGUUCUGUGAUUUCUACUCAACUACAAAGAUUAAUUUAAUAUACACUUAACCUAACUGGGUUUUGUUACCUAUGACAUGUUGCAUGCUUCGCUACUGUGUACUGCCUGAGUUGUGUCUGUUGUGUGCUAGAUUACAGAGGGAAGAUGCUCUGCCACUGUGGUCAGGCUGUUGCUCUGGUAGUGGCGGGGGAUGGAGAGUAUCUGUGCAGUUCAAUUCGUUCCCUCUUGUGAGUCUCCGUUGCAGAGUUCUGUCGUGUUUUGAGAGAGCACCUGAGGCAGCGUGGGAGUUCAGCCCCCGCUGCCCUUUCUAACGUGUCGUCCUAGACCGUGUUGUGGCCGGCCAGGACUCUCGAGAUCUGAUCUCUUGCCAGUUGUAGAUAAGACAAAAAAUUGUGGUUUCAGGGCCUCCAUCUGUUAGGUAAGAAGGACCUUUUGGUAUAAGAAAUUCAUUCGUACCCAGCCCUGGGUGGCUGGUGAGAAGCCACAGAACGUGUGUGGUUAUAAGCGAGUUGUCCAAAGGGCUACAGAGGUCGGUGGUGUCUGAAAGUGGGUAGAUUUCUGCAGGGCUGGGGAUUGGGUCCCUUUUCAUGUCGAUUUAAAAAUAGAAUAGUGAUCGGAAAAGUUAGAUGGUGAGUAAUUAGAAAAAACUACAUUGCUCGUUAUUCUUAUCUGUUGGUGGGAUUUUUUUCCCUUCCGUCAGUAGAACAGAUGCCUCAGUGGCAAAAAACCCCUUUCUUGUAGCCCCUUCUCGUCCCGAGUCGGCUUUCUUCCUGAACUCGUGGCACAGCCUGAGCGAGCAGCACGCUUGGGUGGGUUCUCAGAGGGAUCCUGGAAUUAUAGGGGAGGAGUCCGCCGAUGCUUGUCUAAGAGCUGAGAUUCUUCUGACAUUUUGUAAACUGUAUAUUCCAAAAAUUGGAGUGUUCACUAAAUGCAAAUUAGGCAAAGUAUAAAAAUAUGCAAGAAAAACCAUUCUAAGAUAAUUUCUAAUCCAGGAACAGAUAAGAAUUCUCGAAAUAUACCCCUGUGAAUACUUGGAAGGCAGUAACUGUGAAUGACAGUUCGGUUCAUCUCCCCCUUAAUAUCUGAUUUCAGUGACAGCCAAACAGUGCUGGGUUCGGCGGUUGUUUUUGGUUUUGUUUUUAAAAUCCAAAUAAGAUUCCCUAGUACUCAGCAAUUCUUGGUAUUUCACUCUUUGUCUAAAAUAGUCAUCUAUCUUGUUUUCUCUAAAUCCUAAUGACCACUCUGACGUGACUAUGGAUGACAGUAAAGAAAAUGCUCUGCGUGAGAGCAGACUGCUGGGCCAUUCCUUGGGCCUCCGCCCGCUCCGGUCAGCAGGCCUGGGGGAGAAGGGCGAUGUCCCCUAUUCUAGUUGUCUUUCGCAGCAGUGCCACUCCAAAGUCCAGGGUCUCUAUAGCCUCUGUUUUCUUAGAAAUUACCUGAAUCCACUUACUUUAGUUCCCUGAAGAAGUUGUAGACAUUGUGGGCUAGUUGGUCAUGAGAUGAAGAAAUAAGUUCCAGAGCUGACAUACUGCAUCUUGAAGGCCUUUUGACAUCAGUUAUCACACGCACCUGUCGGUCCCGGGCAUUUCUGUUCCUGCCUUUGUUGGCCUGAGGAUGAAUGUGGAGAGUCCCCCAGUGGGAUCAGCUCCGGGUCGUGUGCCGCGAAUCCUCCUGCUGCCCCUGGAGCGGGAAACAGGGCGGCAUUAGUCUGUUUUAAAGUUGUUUGCAGCUUCACUGCUCUUUUCCUUUUUCCUUUGAAACAUUUUCCAUUAUUUACUUUCCUGUAACCAGUCCUCUGCCAGAUCACAAGAAUGUAAGAUGCUUCUUUGAUUUUUGAUCCCAAGGCCCUUUGGUAGCUGAUGUAGAUAGUCCCUAAGGUCAGAUGACAAACACUGUAAAGCAACCUGACAGGAUGAUUCCUCCCACAGAAGGAUGCAGUGACAGAUUCUGAGAAAUAGUUUGCAAAAUAUUUGAGCCUCUUUUCUACAUCUCACACUGUUAAAUGGACAACGUGUACCAUUGCUGUUUGAUCUUGUCAGAUUGUCUGUUUUGAAAGCCAAAUUCGUAUGCAGCAAAUUACUGAUUGUUCUAACAGUUACUGAAUGUUUAGUGCUUGACUCUGGUAUUUUCCUAAGUUUUGUAUCUCACCUCUGAAAUUUUAAAUUCUAGAAAGAGAGCCCGGGUUAGUCACUUCUCGAGCCCCUCCUCGCUGUGCUGUCCUCUUUCUUUGCCUCUGUCCUCACCGGGACUCUGCAGGUCCGUACUGACAGGGAGCAGAGGGGACAGGCUGUCUGGUAUCAUUUUCUGCCUUGCCAGUAGGGGGUGCAGCUGUGCAGGGUAACUGCCCGGCCUGCUCCCUUCCUGACCCCCAGGAGGUCACGCACUACCUCUGUCUCAUUCAGGCUUUGGGGGACACCCUGAGAAGUCACAUCAAAACUGCCACCUUCAGGUCUCAGAUGUGUUUUAAAAAAUCCUUAUAAACUUCACUUUGUACUUUAGAUUUUAAAACUGGGAAGAAAAUGUGAUGUACUUUGGACCACUUUUUUCAAUUUAUCUACGCCUUAAUGAACAAUGUAUAUACACUUGCAUACGCACACCCCCCACGCCCACCCCAGACUGUUUCCAAUGUGUCAGAGACAAGGCUGUAGCAUUAGAGAUGUGAGCUCAUAUAAUGUUGUAUAGAAAAGGAUAGUUUUCAGUUGUAUGAAAUUUUCCAAGAAGACCUCUCAGUAAACACCUGUCCUUCGUUAACGAUGUCACGCGCAAAGCACCGCAUGUUUAAAAUGCCUGUCUUUUUGUUGGUUGGUUUUAUGUUUGUAAGGAGUAACGACAGGAAUCUAACACGUUGGCUACAGACCUCUGUGUACUGCAUUCUCAACCGUGUAUCAGUGCAUCGAAAGCCUUUCUCAUGACCAUGACCGCGCCUACAGACAUCGUGUCCCUCUAUAAGCCAGUUCGCCCCUCUUACUCAGACUAAUUUCACCUAGAUUGUCACGGUUUCCUUCAUGUUAAUUUUGCGUGACUUCGUUCUUCCUUUAUUAAUAUGUAUGUAAUAUAUAUACAUAUAUACGUACCUAUGCUGUCCAAAUAUAUAUGUAUAUAUUUGUAUAGCAUUUUUACACCUUGUGUAAUCUGGUUUCGAAAGGGAGUGAGAGCUUAAUCCCUUCUACAGUUUUCUCCAAGCUGUAUCCUGAGAAUUCUCACCCUCAGAGCCUGAGAGAACCCCAGGAAGAUGAUGUUAAUUUGCUGUCAUUUCUUAAUUCAGGAUCUAUUAUCAAAUGAAACAUGAAAAAAAAAAAACAGUGACUUUUAAGGUGAAAAGAGUUUCAAGCAUUCCAAAUGAAUUCUCAAUGUUUCAUAACUUUUUAUUAUAAACCCACCUAGUGAUAUAAAGCCACGUACUAUUUGAUACAGUGAUCAACAACCAAACUACUUUGAAAUUUUUUAAAGACCACUUAUGGAUAAUGCUCAUUUUCACAAUCAAAAUAGCUUUAAAAUAUGGUUGAAUUUGAUACACACGGGAAAAGUUUUGUUUAAGAACAAAUCCUUUUUGCUUUUCGUUUUCUUUUUGAGAGAUCUAAAAAGAAAUUGUAGAUUGUUUUCCUGACAGCAGAGAGUAAUGUGACAAAAUGAAGUCGUUGUAAAGAAGUGAUGCAACUUGUCAAAUAUUUAAUAAAGAAUUAUGGAAGCUGGAACAUUU